AUCUUUCACCAUUUGCAGAUAGAAAGAAGUUCUAAAGCACAACAAUGGCUAGAACACUGGCCCUGCUUGUGCUAGCCAUAGUGGCAACCUGUGCCUUGGUACAGACCACAACCGCAGGGACCACCCAUGUGGUCGGAGACAGCUUGGGCUGGGUGGUUCCCAUUGGAGGUCCCGUUGUCUAUGCCACUUGGGCUGUUUCCCAUACCUUCUUAAUUGGUGAUAUCUUAUUGUUCAAUUUUACAACUGGAGAAGAAGAUGUAGCUAGAGUGACAAGGGAAGCAUUUCUAACCUGCAAUUCAACCAAUCCAAUCAGCCUCAAAACCACAGGUCCAGCCAAUUUUACGUUGGACUCACUGGGGGAGUACUAUUUCAUUGGCACUUUGGACGAGCACUGCAUCUUGGGACAGAGAUUGGCCAUCAAUGUCAUUGCAUAUUCUGAACCGACUCCCGCCCCAACUCCGCCUCCAGCUCCAGCUCCAAGAGGGCCAAAAAACUACACCGUCGGCGACAAACUCGGAUGGCUAAUCCCUCCACCAGAUCCUCUCGGUCUCUUCUAUGCAUCAUGGGCUUAUAACAAGACUUUCUUAGUUGGUGACACCUUAAGUAAGUAUCGUUUCAUUAAUGCAAUUUAUCAAACACUUGGUGGGCACACUCAAUAA